AGGAAAUUUUCCCGUUGUUGAGUCACCGGGAAAACCGUUACUGUACCGAGGAAACCGACGCUCUCACCGGACACUGCGCUCCGUAGGUCUCCUCAUUCCUCCACUCGGUCUUUCUGUAGUUACACCAUCCAUUACUCUUCUCGACGGGAUUGAAAUGUUACAUUUUCGGUCAACGGUAGCGCUCAAGGAGUUAUUUCAAACCCAGCUGAAGCGUCCGUUGACAGGUAGAGUCGGUGUUAAAGCGGCACCUGCAACCUCCGCCCGCUUCAGCACCGCCCGGUUGGAUGGGAGGUCGCCGGGCAGAGGGAGGGCUUUCGCCGGGUGGAGAGCUCCGCCGCACCUCGCCAGAAGGCACGGAGUGAGAGGCUUUUGCUCCAAAGGUGACGGCCAGAAUGAAACCUCCAAGGACUCCGCAACAGAGAAGAGAAGAAAGGCAGGCAUCCUGCCCAGUCUGGAGGACCUGCUCUUCUACACCAUCGCAGAGGGCCAGGAAAAAAUCCCUGCACACAAAUUCACCACAGCUCUUAAAGCCACGGGGCUUCGCACGGGAGACCCUCGGCUGAAAGAAUGUAUGGAGAUGCUGAAGGUGACUUUGAAGACGACCUCUGAUGGAGCACUGGACCGACACCUCUUCAAAAAAUGUGUCCAGAGCAACAUCGUUCUGCUCACCCAGGCCUUCAGGAAGAAGUUUGUCAUCCCAGACUUCCAGUCCUUUAGCGCCCACAUCGAUGAGCUCUAUGAAAACGCCAAAAACAUGUCUGGAGGGCAGGUGGCUGACUAUAUUCCCCAGCUGGCCCGCUUCAGCCCAGACUUGUGGGCCGUCGCCCUGUGCACCGUUGAUGGACAGAGGCACACUGUCGGCGACACCAAGGUCCCUUUCUGUCUUCAGUCCUGUGUUAAGCCGCUAAAAUACGCCAUCGCCGUUCACGACCACGGCACAGAGUAUGUGCACCGCUUCAUCGGCAAAGAGCCCAGCGGUCUGCGAUUCAACAAGCUCUUCCUCAACGAGGAAGAUAAACCACACAACCCCAUGGUUAAUGCCGGCGCUAUCGUCUGUACCUCCCUCAUUAAGCAAGGGGCAAGCAACGCGGAAAAAUUUGAUUAUGUCAUGAACUUCAUGAACAAACUAGCAGGAAACGAGUACGUUGGCUUCAGCAACGCCACUUUCCAGUCGGAGCGAGAGUCUGGAGACAGGAACUUUGCCAUCGGUUACUACCUGAAAGAGAAGAAGUGUUUUCCAGAAGGGACGGACAUGACCUCCAUCCUCGACUUCUACUUCCAGUUGUGCUCCAUCGAGGUGACCUGUGAGAGCGCCAGCGUCAUGGCGGCGACUCUGGCCAAUGGCGGCUUCUGUCCAAUCACAGGAGAGCGCGUGCUGAGCCCCGAGGCGGUGCGAGACACUCUGAGUCUGAUGCAUUCCUGCGGCAUGUACGACUUCUCCGGACAGUUCGCUUUCCACGUCGGUCUGCCGGCUAAAUCUGGCGUCGCUGGCGGGAUUCUGCUGGUUGUUCCAAACGUCAUGGGCAUCAUGUGUUGGUCUCCUCCCCUCGACAAGCUGGGUAACAGCGUCAGAGGCAUCCAGUUCUGCACGGACCUGGUUUCUCUCUGUAACUUCCACAACUACGACAACCUGAGACACUUUGCUAAGAAACUGGAUCCUCGCAGGGAGGGAGGAGACCAGAGGGUGAAGUCGGUGAUCAAUCUGCUGUUUGCUGCUUACACUGGAGACGUCUCAGCCCUGAGGAGGUUUGCGUUGUCCUCCAUGGACAUGGAGCAGAGGGACUACGACUCCAGGACGGCGCUGCACGUGGCGGCUGCUGAAGGACACGGCGAGGUGGUUCGCUUCCUGCUGGAGGCCUGUAAAGUCAACCCGGUUCCCAAAGACAGGUGGGGAAACACACCGAUGGACGAAGCGGUCCACUUCGGCCACCACGACGUGGUGACCAUCCUCCGCGAUCACCACACCAAGUACAGCCAUCAGGACACCGGCACCGACAAACAGAACGCAGAGAAGAACCUGGACGGGAUGCUGUGAGGGGAAACGGAGGAGGAGAAAGGAAGCUGGAUGGUCGAGUGUCCAAUGAACGCGGGCGGAGCGCUCUGAGGGGGAAAAGGAGUCAAAUCAGGACGAUCAGAAAGGAAAACAGUCACAUUUAAAAGAGUUAAUUCAACCCAGACAACAAUCGUAGAGUGGAGGCGGUUAGAGACAGCGUAGGUCACCUCCACCGUCCCUCCAGUGUAAAAGCUCCUCGUCCUGUUAGUAGAUGUUGUUGGAUGUUUUCUAUAUUAAUGUACUUUGAGUGGGGAAAAUAUUUUCCUUUUAUUUCUCCUUCUGUAUUUCGUCAUCAGCUUUGUAGGAAACAACCAGCCACCAGUUGAAUGCUGGGUAAAUUCAGCUGCAGCUGGUCAUUUACUUUAAAUUGUUUGUUUUUAUUCUGAAAAGCUGAAAACAGGAAGGUGUCUAGCAGGCGGUUAAAAACCUUCCUCCUUCCUCACGUCGUCAUCGUCACAACAUGGUGGAAUGUAUCUUCCCCAAACACUUCAGUGUGUGUGUGUGUGUGUGUGUGUGUGUGUGUGUGUGUGUGUGUGUGUGUGUGUGUGUGUGUGUGUGUGUACUGAGACGAGGAUAACUCAGUGUAAAUACGUACAGGUGUAAAGUCGUAGUUCUGUAGUCGAGCACCGAAACAAAGAAAGUGUCAAUGAUACAAUAAUUAGUGUUUAUUUAAGAUAUUCAACCUUUAAAGGUGAAUGUGAGUUAAAGUCUUAUUGAAAAGCUGUUUUUGUUUUUACCCAACCAGAAUCUUUACGUCUGAAUGAUCGAUGUUUGUUUGAUGUUAUUGUGAGUCCGAGUUCAGGUUGUUUGUCUCGGGAUCAUAAACAGAAGUUGAGUGUGAGACAGACAGCAGCUCCAGUUCCUGUAAAACACAACGUCUGAAAGAAAGGUUCAGUUUAUAUUCUCAUAGAUUGUUGUUAUUAUUAUUAUUAUUAUUAUUAUUAUUAUUAUUGAUUAUACACAUUAUUAAUUCCUCCUGAAUGUUCCACAGCCGAGCUUUAACAACAACAUUAACACUACAACCACUUCGACAGUGAAAAGUAGACGAGUUGUUUCUGUUUGUCCCGUUUUACCAACAUAAGAUCCAAUCUUACAAACUCGUUUAUUAUUAUUGAUUAUUGUUUAUUAUUUAUAGCUUCUGUCUUUUUUUAAAGCAACAUGUCUGAACUUUUGCACUUUUAUGUUCUUUAAGAUGAAAGUUCUCCACUAAAGAUUGUUUCUGUUUGUUUCUGUUUGUUUCUGUUUGUUUCUGAUUGUUUCUGAUUGUUUCUGAUUGUUUCUGUUUGUUUCUGUUUGUUUCUGAUUGUUUCUGAUUGUUUCUGUUUGUUUCUGAUUGUUUCUGUUUGUUUCUGUUUGUUUCUGUUUGUUUCUGUUUGUUUCUGAUUGUUUCUGUUUGUUUCUGAUUGUUUCUGUUUGUUUCUGAUUGUUUCUGUUUGUUUCUGAUUGUUUAUGUUUGUCUCUGUUUGUUUAUGUUCCAUCGAGGUUGUUGACUCGAGCGUAUCACAGGAGUUAUGAUUAAAAACCCAACAGCAGCUUUAUGGUGGUAAUCUCUCUACCUGAACGGUUGUGCAGAUGUUCAGUUUCUCCAGAUGUGUUUGUGUGUUUGUGUACAGACAGAACAACAACAACAGGUUGGGAUCAGAAGCACAAUAUAUAUCAUAUAACUUAUAAAUAAUAUUAUUUAUAAUAUAUAAAUUAUAUAUUAUAUAUAAUGUAAAUUAUAUAUAAUAUAUAAUUUAUAUUAUAUAUAAUAUAUAAUAUAUAAUUUAUAUUAUAUAUAAUAUAUAAUUUAUAAUUUAUAUUAUAUAUAAUAUAUAAUUUAUAAUUUAUAUUAUAUAUAAUAUAUAAUUUAUAAUUUAUAUAAUAUCUAAAGAGUCAGCAACAGAAACGAUGAAAUCAGCAAUAUGGAUCUGAAGUGUUCCCGAGCUACAGCUCCGCUGUCUGCCUGUCUGUCUGUCUGUCUGUCUGCCUGCCUGUCUGUCUGUCUGUCUGUCUGUCUCCUCUUCAGUUUUAUUUACGCUGCUUCCGUUCACAUGUUUGUUCACAGAUCAAUAUUUAAUAAAGGUUAUAAAACCCUCUGA